UCCCUCUGCAGCCUCCAAGUGUAUCAUCAAGCUGCUUGCUAUACAUGCCAUGCUUUCGGACUAAUCGUCUCGCCUCAUCUGUCUGCUUCUCCAGUCCUCAUCCUGCAUCGUCUUCCUCUCAACAUCCCAUCUUCGCCAGAUGUCCUCCGCCAGUUCCGGCUCCUCCGACGAGGCUGACUCGAAUGGCAGACAUCCUCGAUAUAGCAGACAUGCCUCGCUCGUCUUGUACACAUUGUGGCCAGCUUUGGUGCAACACAGAAUACAAAAGCUUGGCGACAGUAUACAUGACUUCAUUGACAAGCGAUCACGCCAUCAACGAGUCUCGAGCCUGGACAGCGAGGAUGACCUCACCCCUCCCCAAUCAUACGCUGGCAGCCCGCGCGAACAUUGUUUCCCCCAGGAACCACCGAGAGUGUCGACAUGGAUAGAGAAUACAACGCAGAGUAGACCCUCGUCUUCCGGGAGCACAACCCCCACAUUUGUCGGAGAGCCUCUUCAGGAAGACACGGGAAGCGGAAUACAGUGGAGAUAUGCCAAACCUGGGUUCAGCUCGCUCAUUCUCGCGCAAUCAGAGGAUAUGGAGGCGUCGGUCCUGAAUCCGCUGUUCGCUCGUCGUCAGUACAUUAGUGGCGUGGCAUGCCUACUACACGGCCUGCCAACAGAUCUGAGUGAAGAGGAGGCGAUGAACCUGCGAGAGGCACUCCCAGCAGCGCUGAAACCCGUCCAAAGGAACGAUACUCAACUGGCAAUGCGUUCGGCUGCGACUCGCGAACAAGGCUGCACGCAGCAACCGCAUCAACAAACCACUUUACAGCACCUGGUGGCAGUUUGCACUAUGUACCUCUUCCUUGCUGCAUCAUUCGUUUUUCCAUAUGUGCAGCAAAUGCUCCGAGCAGCGUACCGGUUCGAUCGUCGACAUAAGAUCAGCGACAGAGUACUAUCUCACAGCAUAGAAACGGCAGAUGCGAUGAGAAGGAGCACGUUCACCAUGGCGGCUCAAGUAUGCUCCAUGAACGAUGGCAAGGUGGGUGAGCAGCUUAAGGACGUGAGCAUCUAUCUCGUCCAAGGCCUGAGUGGUGGUGUGUACGAUGGCAUUGGCGAAGGUAUGCAAGUCCUGGGACUCAGAACGAGCAGAGAGCAAUGACAUUUGUUUGCCUGCGGCAGCCAACUGCAUUCCAAGCGAUCUUAUACGUGUUUGCGUGGGCCAACGCAGAACAAAAAAGACCUCUGGCCUCUGGACCUUGGAUGCCAUUGACCGGCGGCAGUAUUUGGUUCCGAUCUGCACAAUCGCAGCGCCAUGCAGCGCCUUGUGCGAUUGCCAAAUAUGGCGCUUAGUGGACUGUCUGCAGCUCCCAGCCACUCAUGAAUUUUUAUCUCCAGUCUGGAUCUUACCUACGAGCAGUAAUCACUUGUUAUGACAUCUAGUUUCGGUUGUGAAUAUGGGGGAGCAUUUGAUAGCGAUUUUGAGCGAGCGAGCGAGCGGAGAACUUUUCAAUAAUGAUGUAUGUGCUGCUCUGGACAUUAUGAUGAAACACGAGGUCUCACUAUUGAGAAACGACAUGAAAUGGAAACCGAU